CUCUCAUUUCCGGGUAUGUCACAUGACUCCCCAGCUGCACCAUGGCGGAAGCCGAGGAGCAGGAAACCGUGUCUCUUGAAGAAUCUUCUGAUGAGUCUGAGGAAGAAGAGAGUGAAGAGGAACCCAAACUUAAGUAUGAAAGGCUUUCCAAUGGAGUAACUGAAAUCCUUCAGAAGGAUGCCGCUAGCUGCAUGACGGUCCAUGACAAGUUUUUGGCACUGGGCACACAUUAUGGCAAGGUUUAUUUACUCGAUGUCCAGGGGAACAUCACGCAGAAGUUUGAUGUGAGUCCUGUGAAGAUAAAUCAGAUUAGCCUGGAUGAAAGUGGAGAACACCUGGGCGUGUGUUCCGAGGAUGGCAAGGUGCAAGUGUUUGGACUGUAUUCUGGAGAAGAAUUUCAUGAGACCUUUGACUGUCCCAUUAAAAUCAUCGCCGUGCACCCACACUUCGUGAGGUCCAGCUGCAAGCAGUUUGUGACUGGAGGGAAGAAGUUAUUGCUAUUUGAACGGUCUUGGAUGAGCAGAUGGAAGUCUUCUGUUCUGCACGAAGGGGAAGGGAACAUAAGGAGUGUGAAGUGGAGAGGCCAUCUGAUUGCUUGGGCCAAUAAUAUGGGUGUGAAGAUAUUUGACAUCACCUCAAAGCAAAGAAUCACUAAUGUGCCCCGGGAUGACAUCAGUCUUCGCCCGGAUAUGUACCCCUGCAGCCUCUGCUGGAAGGACAGUGUGACACUGAUUAUCGGCUGGGGGACUUCUGUCAAGAUAUGCUCGGUGAAGGAACGGCAUGCCAGUGAAAUGAGGGACUUGCCAAGCCGAUAUGUUGAAAUAGUGUCCCAGUUUGAAACCGAAUUCUACAUCAGUGGUCUUGCCCCUCUCUGUGAUCAGCUUGUUGUGCUUUCCUACGUGAAGGAGGUUUCAGAAAAAACGGAAAGAGAAUACUGUGCCCGGCCCAGGUUGGAUAUCAUCCAGCCGCUCCCCGAGGCCUGUGAAGAGAUCUUUUCUCCCCUAAAACCACUGCCCAGGUUUCUGCUGUUGAGUUGCCCCAGAUGUUCCUCUCUUCUCUCACCCAUAGAGUAUUCUGAAGGGGAAUCACUCUUUUACAUCGUGAGUCCAAGAGAUGUCGUGGUAGCGAAGGAACGAGACCAAGAUGACCACAUUGACUGGCUCCUGGAAAAGAAGAAAUAUGAAGAAGCUUUGAUGGCAGCUGAAAUUAGCCAAAAGAACAUUAAAAGACAUAAGAUUCUGGACAUCGGCUUGGCAUAUAUAAACCACCUGGUGGAAAAAGGAGAGUAUGACAUAGCAGCACGCAAAUGCCAGAAAAUUCUUGGGAAAAAUGCAGCACUCUGGGAAUAUGAAGUUUAUAAAUUUAAAGAAAUUGGACAGCUUAAGGCCAUUAGUCCUUAUUUGCCAAGAGGGGAUCCAGUUCUGAAACCACUCAUUUAUGAAAUGAUCUUACACGAAUUUUUGGAAAGCGAUUAUGAGGGCUUUGCCACGCUGGUCCGGGAAUGGCCCGGAGAUCUGUACAACAAUUCGGUAAUAGUUCAGGCAGUUCGGGAGCACCUGAAGAAGGACAGUCAGAACCGGACCUUACUUCAGACCCUGGCAGAAUUGUACACCUACGAUAAAAACUAUGGCAAUGCUCUGGAAAUAUACUUAACAUUAAGACAUAAGGAUGUUUUCCAGUUGAUUCACAAGCAUAAUCUAUUCAGCUCUAUCAAGGAUAAAAUUGUUUUGCUAAUGGAUUUUGAUUCUGAGAAAGCUGUUGACAUGCUUUUGGACAAUGAAGAUAAAAUUUCAAUUAAAAAGGUAGUGGAAGAAUUAGAAGACAGACCAGAAUUACAGCAUGUGUAUCUGCAUAAGCUUUUCAAGAGAGACCAUCACAAGGGGCAGCGCUACCAUGAAAAACAGAUCAGCCUUUAUGCUGAAUAUGAUCGACCGAACUUACUUCCGUUUCUCCGAGACAGUACCCAUUGCCCCCUCGAGAAGGCUCUUGAGAUCUGUCACCAGAGAAACUUUGUAGAAGAGACAGUUUAUCUUCUAAGCCGAAUGGGCAAUAGCCGAAGUGCCCUGAAGAUGAUCAUGGAGGAAUUACAUGAUGUUGAUAAAGCAAUUGAAUUUGCCAAGGAGCAAGACGAUGGAGAGCUCUGGGAAGACCUGAUUUUAUAUUCCAUCGACAAACCACCAUUUAUUACCGGCUUGUUAAACAAUAUUGGCACGCAUGUUGACCCGAUUCUACUGAUUCACCGUAUCAAGGAAGGAAUGGAGAUUCCCAAUUUGAGAGAUUCCUUGGUUAAAAUUCUGCAAGACUACAAUUUACAAAUUCUGCUUCGUGAAGGCUGCAAGAAGAUUCUCGUGGCGGACUCUCUGUCUUUACUGAAGAAAAUGCAUCGAACUCAAAUGAAAGGCAUUCUGGUCGAUGAGGAGAACAUCUGUGAAUCGUGCCUGUCCCCUAUUCUUCCAUCAGAUGCAGCCAAGCCCUUCAGUAUGGUGGUCUUCCAUUGCCGGCAUAUGUUCCACAAGGAGUGCCUGCCUGUGCCCAGCAUGACCUCUCCAGCGCAGUUCUGCAACAUCUGCAGUGCUAAGCACCGGGGACCAGGAAGUGCCAUUUUGGAGAUGAAAAAAUAGCUAUGUUCUGUUUGUCAGUCUCUUUCUCACCGCUCUUUUGAAGAUGAUUUUUUCAACAACAGAAGCAUUUGUUGAUACCAGUGCUGUUAAGAGUUUUGUACAUGUUUAUGCUAUGCUCAAAAAAACUUUCAUCUUCUCACUUGUCUACUAGAGUUUUCUCUUUGCAUUUGCAGUUGAUAAAGAUGUUAGGUUUUUCCCCCCCAUCCAUGCCUUGAAAUAUUUGGGUCCAUGGUUAAUAUUUCAUCGUUUAUUUGUUUAGCUCACUCUUUGUUUAGGAAUGGAAACUAAAGUGUGGGCGUUGGAAAUGAAGUUUUAGGUCCUAGUAAAACUGCCUCCAGCUGUCUGAGCAUCGCCAGUGCGGCUGUCCAGCCAGCUCCUGCCACAUUGGGCCUCGUUCUGCAUGCUCUGCAAUUCUUUCGUUCUGGAUCUGGCUUUUUUUUAUGUCAUCCAUUGUGGUUAUUUUCUUAGUAGGUAUUUAAUGAAAUGUUAUGCAAAUUGUCACUUAUCCAGUGAUGUCUGGAUGACACGAGCAGGUGACAUCAGGCAAUGUCAUAUUGACUGAUCACAUGUUCUGUGUGUCCCAAUAACUAGCAGAGUCUGGCCCUGGCAGGCACUGAGCAUCUGUUAAUUGAAUAAAUGUCAGCUCGGCCCAUG